AUGUAGCCGAUUGAUGCAACGUGCCAGAAUUUGAUGAUCAUUUUUCUAAUUUAAAUUUUUAUUAUCGAUAGAUUUUUUGUAAAAUUCUUAAAAUGGCUGCAACCGAAAUCAUAAAUAUCGUACAGGCACAAAUCCCCGAUAUUGAUCAACAAUUGUCCGACUAUAUUACCGGUGUAUUAACAUCUGAUACAUUUGCUUCAGCAAAAGAUAUCAAAGAAGCAGUUGGUGAAAUUUUCAUCUCAUGUUUUAAUGAUGCAUUCAAUCCGAAUCCACCUAAAUCACCGGAAAGUUUAUGUCAGACUAUGUGUGAUAAAAUAUUCAAUAUAAUUCGCGCUAAUAAUGAACUAGACGAUGAUGAUGAUGAUGAUAUUAGACUUAGUCGACCAAUACACAUUGGUUCAACUGUUGAUGAUGAAAAAGAAGAAGAAUGGAAAUCAAUAUGGACAAGCGGUAAAGAGGUUGAAUCGAAAGUUGACCAGAAUAAACUUCGAAAAGCCGAAGAGAAGCUUAAACAAAAAGCAGAACGACGAGAUGGUGUAGGUCCGACAACUACUGAAAAUACAACCAUUUCGAAUGUACAGGCAUCGGCAUCACAAUCAUUGUCCAAAAAAUCUAAUCGACAAGAAGAAUCGGGAACGAAUCGAACCAAAGAUAUUAAAAUUGAAAAUUUCGACAUUUCAUUUGGCAGUCAUGUGUUAUUGCAAGGUGCUAAUUUAUCAUUAAAUUAUGGUGAACGAUAUGGGCUUUGUGGCCGUAAUGGUAUUGGUAAAUCUACUCUAUUAAAGAUGUUAUCCACUGCUCAAUUGGUCAUUCCAUCACAUAUCCGAAUACUACAUGUAGAACAAGAAGUAGUUGGUGAUGAUACGACCGCUUUGGAUUCGGUUCUCGAAUGUGAUACUGUUCGAAAAGAUCUACUUGAACGUGAAAAAAUCUUGUCACAGAAAUCAUCGCUAACCGAUAAAGAAACUGAACAAUUGAAUGAAAUUUAUCACGAAUUGACCGCUAUCGAAGCUGAUAAAGCUCCAGCUAAAGCUGCUACCAUUCUUCUAGGUUUAGGUUUUACGCAUGAAAUGCAAAAGAAUGCAACUAAAACUUUUUCUGGUGGUUGGAGAAUGCGUUUAGCAUUGGCAAGAGCUCUGUUUUCAAAACCUGAUCUUUUGUUGCUCGAUGAACCUACCAACAUGUUGGACAUGAAAGCCAUUAUUUGGCUCACCAAUUAUCUAAUUAAUCAUUGGACUUCAACCUUAUUGGUCGUAUCACAUGAUCGAAAAUUUCUUUCCGAAGUACCAACACAAAUACUUCAUUUUCAUUCUCGAAAAAUUGAUUGUUAUCAAGGAACAUAUGAAUCAUUCAUGACAGCUAUGACUGAAAAACUUAAAAAUCAAGAACGUGAAUUCGAAUCACAACAGAUGUAUAUCAAACAUACACAAGAAUUUAUUGAUCGUUUCCGUUAUAAUAGCAAAAGAGCGUCAUUGGUACAAAGUCGAAUUAAAACAUUAGACAAAUUAAAGAUUGUCGACCAGGUUGAAAAAGAAUCCAUAGUCGUGUUCAAGUUGCCUCAGCCUGAAAGUUUAUCGCCACCGAUUCUUGAAUUAACUGAGGUAAAUUUUGCCUAUCAGCCUGGCAGUACAAUUCUGAAAAAUAUCAACCUGAAUGCCAAUCUACAAUCACGUAUUUGUAUCGUGGGUGAUAAUGGAUCGGGUAAGACUACGUUGCUUAAAUUAUUGAUCGGUGAUUUGAAUCCAACCAGCGGAGUACGACAUUCACAUCGUAAUCUGGCUAUCGGUUAUUUCACUCAACAUCAUGUUGAUCAAUUACCAAUGAAUCAGAGCCCAUUACAAUUUAUGGCCACUCAACAGCCUGGAAAAUCGGCUGAACAUUACCGAAAAUAUCUAGGAGGUUUCGGUAUCACUGGUGAUCUAGGUUUACAAUCACUACAAUCCUUAUCCGGUGGACAAAAAUCUCGUGUAGCUUUCGCAGCCAUGACUUUGACAAAUCCUCAUUUAUUGAUAAUGGACGAACCAACUAAUCAUUUGGAUGUCGAAACAGUCGAAGCAUUAGCUAAAGCUUUGAAUGAUUUCAGUGGUGGUGUUAUACUCGUAACUCAUGAUCAGAAUAUGAUACAAAAAGUUUGCCAAGAAUUAUGGCAUUGCACUGAUGGUACAAUCAAAUGUCUCAAAGGUGGAUUUGAAGAAUAUAAAGCGAUUAUUUAUAAAGAACUACAAGAACUUGCUUAAAUUAUUUAAAUUGUAUCGUUAUUUAAUUUUAACAACAUUAAAAAAAUCAAUGAAA